UGGUCUUUCCAGCUGGUUGUCAUUUCACUCGGCUCGGUCCUGAGGAGGAGUCGGUGGCGGCUGCAGGGAGACCGGGCACCGGGAGGCGGUGGCGGUGGAGACAUCAGAGGAGGAGGAGGAGGAAGAAGAGAAACCUAAGAGGAAGGAGAAGGCCGCGGUAAAGACGGCACUGACUACGGGGCCAGGAGAGACGGCGGCUGCGCCGGCCCAGGAACCGUGAGGAGAAAAACUAAUCGAACUGAGAAACCGAACAAACCGCCCCCGGGUCCCAUGAGGGAAAAAAAACCCCGGAGCCGCAGAGAGGGGACGAGGCAGAAACCGCAGCAGCAGCGGCAGGACCUUCCUUCCAGAUCGCCCCAAUUCCCCCCGCACACCUCGGCCGGCGGCUGCUGAGGCCCCCCGUAUUGUUUUGCCCCCCCUCCCCUCACAGUGAAUCGCUUUAAUCCUUUUUUAAUCUCUGUCCCCCCUAGAGAGAAACGGGUGUUUUCAGCCCAUUUCAUGGGGGAGAGGAGGUGGGGGGGAGACCAGAAGCAGGAAAAACAGGAGCAGCAACAGCAAGAACUGCACCAGGAGCAGGAAGAGCAGCAGCAACAAAAACAGCCCCAGGAGCAAAAACUGCACCAGGAGCAGCAGAAAGAGCAAAAACAGUACCAGGAACAGCAGAAACCUUCCUGCAACCCUCCCAUUCCUAUUCAAUGCUGAUUUCCUCGGCUGAAAUUUUAUUUCCCGGAACCAGGAAUUCACCCCAUUUCUUUCUUUCUCUCCACAUAACAUAAUAUCUUUAUACAUAAAUAUAUAAUAUAUAAUGUUCUUAAAUUAUUCCUGAUUUAAAAAAAAAUUUUUUUUGAGCUGCCAAGAAAAGACGUCUUCUCCCCUAAUCCUUAAAAGAUUUCAUAUGUGGGUGAGUCAAAACUGCUGAGGAAGAACAUAUGAUUGUUAAAUUAUAGAUAUAUUUUUUACUCUGCGCAAUGCUUAUUCUUCUACAUCCUUAAAUGCUUAAGAAGCUCUGUUUUUGUCAUUCAUGUGCAUUUUCCUUUGGAAAAAGAAACCACCUAUUUUACUAACCAAAGACUUGAUUUUUUUCCCCUUCCUACCCUCUCCCUUAGAAAUAAACACAAUUUGACUCAUGUCCAUAUCUUAAGAGAGAUUUUUUAGGUUUUCAGAUACCAGAAUUCCAAAUCAGAAAUAUUUAGGGUGGGGAUAAGCUGGGAUCACUGAGCUAUAAUAAGACAUUUCUAAAACACUCAUUUUGGGUUGGAGGAAAGGAGGCAGACUUAAGCACUAGGUUGUCAUUUUUGUUGUAAGAAUUCAUAUCAUAAAAAUAAUAAAUGGGGGAUUACGGGUUUGGAGUGCUGGUGCAAAACAAUACUGGGAAUAAAUCAGCUUUUCCAGUCAGAUUUCAUCCACAUCUGCAGCCUCCACACCAUCAUCAAAAUGCAACCCCCAGCCCUGCUGCUUUUAUAAAUAAUAACACAGCUGCCAAUGGCAGUAAUGCUGGGUCAGCUUGGCUCUUUCCUGCUCCAGCUGCCCAUAACAUUCAGGAUGAGAUUCUGGGGUCAGAAAAAUCUAAAACUCAGCAACAGCAACAGGAACAGCAAGAUUCUCUAGAAAAGCAGCAGCUUUCCCCCAGUCAAGGUCAGGAAGCAGGGAUACUGCCUGAACCCGAGAAAGCUAAAUCUGAAGAAAAUCAAGGAGAUAGCUCUUCAGAAAAUGGCAAUGGGAAGGAAAAAAUAAGAAUAGAAUCACCAGUGUUGACAGGAUUUGACUACCAAGAGGCUGCAGGGUUAGGUACUUCAACUCAACCCUUAACAUCCAGUGCAUCCUCUCUUACUGGUUUCAGUAACUGGUCAGCAGCUAUUGCUCCUUCUUCCUCUACAAUAAUCAAUGAAGAUGCAAGUUUUUUUCACCAGGGAGGUGUCCCUGCUGCUUCAGCUAAUAAUGGUGCUCUGCUGUUUCAAAAUUUUCCGCAUCACGUCAGCCCUGGCUUUGGUGGCAGCUUUUCCCCUCAGAUAGGACCCCUUUCUCAGCACCACCCUCAUCAUCCUCAUUUUCAACAUCAUCACAAUCAGCAUCAGCAGCAGAGGAGGUCUCCUGCUAGUCCUCAUCCACCUCCAUUUACACACCGAAAUGCUGCUUUUAAUCAGCUGCCUCAUUUGGCUAAUAAUCUAAACAAGCCACCCUCUCCGUGGAGCAGCUACCAAAGUCCUUCACCUACACCAUCUUCUUCAUGGAGCCCCGGUGGCGGUGGAUAUGGUGGCUGGGGAGGCUCUCAAGGCCGAGAUCACCGCAGAGGACUCAAUGGAGGAAUAACACCUCUCAACUCCAUUUCACCCCUGAAGAAAAAUUUUGCAAGCAAUCAUAUUCAGCUACAGAAAUAUGCUCGGCCCAGCUCGGCUUUUGCUCCCAAAUCUUGGAUGGAAGAGAGUUUGAACAGAGCUGACAACAUUUUUCCUUUUCCGGAGCGCCCAAGGACAUUUGACAUGCACUCAUUAGAGAGCUCACUCAUUGAUAUAAUGAGAGCUGAAAAUGAUUCACUUAAAGGUCGUCUAAACUAUUCAUAUCCAGGAUCUGAUAGUUCUCUGCUUAUUAAUGCAAGGACAUAUGGGCGGAGGCGAGGCCAAUCUUCACUGUUUCCAAUGGAAGAUGGGUUUUUGGAUGAUGGACGUGGGGAUCAGCCCCUACAUGGUGGCUUAGGGUCACCUCACUGCUUCACUCAUCAAAAUGGGGAAAGAGUGGAACGAUAUUCCCGCAAAGUUUUUGUGGGUGGAUUGCCUCCUGACAUUGAUGAAGAUGAAAUCACAGCCAGUUUUCGUCGUUUUGGUCCUUUGAUUGUGGACUGGCCUCAUAAAGCAGAAAGCAAAUCCUACUUUCCUCCUAAAGGAUAUGCAUUUUUGCUGUUCCAAGAUGAAAGCUCUGUUCAGGCUUUGAUUGAUGCUUGUAUUGAAGAAGAUGGGAAACUCUACCUUUGUGUAUCCAGUCCCACUAUCAAGGAUAAGCCAGUACAGAUACGACCUUGGAAUCUCAGUGAUAGUGACUUUGUGAUGGAUGGUUCUCAACCUCUUGAUCCACGAAAAACCAUUUUUGUUGGUGGUGUUCCUCGGCCAUUACGAGCUGUGGAGCUUGCAAUGAUAAUGGAUCGACUUUAUGGAGGUGUGUGCUAUGCUGGAAUUGACACUGAUCCUGAGCUGAAGUAUCCAAAAGGAGCUGGGCGGGUUGCAUUUUCGAAUCAACAGAGUUACAUAGCUGCUAUCAGUGCACGCUUUGUCCAGCUGCAGCAUGGCGAGAUUGAUAAACGGGUGGAAGUUAAGCCAUAUGUCUUGGAUGAUCAGCUGUGCGAUGAAUGUCAGGGGGCCCGUUGUGGGGGGAAAUUUGCUCCAUUCUUCUGUGCUAAUGUUACCUGUCUACAGUAUUACUGUGAAUAUUGCUGGGCUGCUAUUCAUUCUCGCGCUGGCAGGGAAUUCCACAAGCCCCUGGUGAAGGAAGGGGGAGAUCGUCCUAGACAUAUUUCAUUCCGCUGGAACUAAAUGAUUACUGCAGUACUUAUUUGCAGGCCUCAAAAUAAGUGCACUCUUCUGUUGAUCCAGACCCCUUCCCCUCCCCCUUCAAAAUAGCAUGUCCUUUUGUAGUAGGCUGUAACUUAACAAUAGUAUAAUGAAAAGAAUGACCUAUAAUAUAGGUAUUUUGUAGAUUCUUGUGUCAUUGAAAACUGUAUUGAACUCCUUUUCGUAUCGAUAUCAUGUUGCACAGAAGUUUUGUUCUCUUGUUUUUGCCAAACCAAGAGGAUGCAAACCUUGUGCAACAUUUUCUUAGAGGAGAGAGAAAUAUUAAAAAGAGAAAUGAAACAAUAGAGUAUUUUGGUUUUUUAAUUAAAUUAUUGUUAAUAAUAUAACAUAUAAGAAUACUUUUAUUAAAAUAACCAUGCAACAAUAACACUAUCAGUCUAUUCUGACACUUUUUCCCCAGGGAAGUGCUUUUUUGCCUUUUCCUUUUAUGCUUUUUUCCCCCUUUUU